UCUUUUCUACCAACCCAAAUCUUCGAGGAGGGUACCACGGAAGAGAAGGGCGAGAAUGCGCGCCUAGCUGCCUUUGUUGGUGCUAUCGCCGUCGGUGAUUUGGUGAAGAGCACUCUGGGACCCAAGGGCAUGGACAAGAUUCUUCAAUCUGCAUCCACUGGAGAUAUCAUGGUCACGAACGACGGUGCAACUAUCCUCAAGUCUAUCGCACUCGACAACGCCGCUGCCAAGGUCCUAGUCAACAUUUCGAAAGUUCAAGAUGACGAAGUCGGAGACGGAACCACAUCUGUCGCCGUGCUCGCUGCCGAACUCCUCCGCGAGGCCGAGAAGCUUGUGGACAAGAAGAUUCACCCCCAGACCAUCAUUGAGGGUUACAGAAUAGCAAGCCAGGCAUCUCUUAAGGCUUUGGAGGACUCCGCCGUCGAUCACAGCAAGAGCCCCGAGGCUUUCCGAAAAGAUCUUCUCGCCAUCGCCCGCACGACUCUGAGCUCAAAGGUUCUCUCCCAAGACCGCAACCACUUUUCUGAGCUCGCCGUCGACGCCGUCCUUCGUCUCAAGCAAUCUUCCGACUUGAGCCACAUUCAGAUUAUCAAAAAAGCGGGUGGAAAGCUCAGCGAGUCCUACCUUGACGAGGGAUUCAUCUUGGACAAGAAGAUCGGUGUGAACCAGCCAAAGCGACUGGAGAAGGCAAAGAUCUUGGUGGCAAAUACCUCCAUGGAUACUGACAAGGUGAAAAUCUUUGGUGCUCGACUCAAGGUCGACUCCACCGGAAAGCUUGCAGAGCUGGAGAAGGCCGAGAAGGAGAAGAUGAAGGCCAAGGUUGAGAAGAUCAAGGCACAUGGCAUCAACUGCUUCAUCAACCGUCAACUCAUCUACAACUGGCCCGAGCAGCUCUUCACUGAUGCCGGCAUCAUGUCCAUUGAGCAUGCCGACUUCGACGGAAUCGAGCGUCUGGCACUUGUAACCGGCGGUGAGAUUGCUUCCACCUUUGACCACCCCGACCAGGUCAGGCUCGGCCACUGCGACACGAUCGAGGAGGUUAUAAUUGGAGAGGAUACCCUGAUUAAGUUUUCUGGCGUUGCCGCCGGCGAGGCUUGCACUAUUGUUCUCCGAGGCGCCACAGACCAGUUGCUUGACGAAGCCGAGCGCAGCUUGCACGACGCCCUUGCCGUUCUCUCACAGACUGUUCGCGAGCCCCGGACGACCCUGGGUGGUGGAUGCGCCGAAAUGCUCAUGGCCAAGGCUGUUGAGGGUGCUGCUACUCGUGUUGAGGGCAAGCGUCAACUUGCCGUGUCCGCCUUCGCCAAUGCGCUGCGACAGCUGCCAACCAUUCUGGCUGAUAACGCUGGUUUGGAUUCAGGAGACCUUGUUGCUCGCCUGCGCAAGGCGAUCUACGAGGGUCUCACAUCCUAUGGCCUUGACCUGACAACCCCUGGUGGUGGCAUUGCCGAUAUGCGGGAUCUUGGUGUGGUUGAGAGCUAUAAGCUGAAGAAGGCUGUCGUGUCUUCAGCUAGUGAAGCAGCUGAGCUCCUUCUCCGAGUAGACGACAUUAUUCGGGCAGCUCCUCGCAGACGUGAGCGUAUGUAA